GAGCAAGAAUACCUAACAUAUGAAUGAUGGAGAGGAAAAAUAGAGCAAAAAAUAUUAUAAUUUUCAAUGUAAAUGAAUCAAAAGCUAAAACACUGGCAGAAAGGAAUCUUGAUGAUGAUAGGACAGUUGGUGCAGUAUUCGAAAAUUUUGAUAUAAACAAGGAUGGUUUCAGAAGUUUCCGACUUGGGAAGUAUGUUGCAGACAGGGCUUGGCCCAUUAAGGUCAUUCUGGAAUCUGAGGCUGAUGCAAAAAAUAUCUUGAAGAACCGAAAAAAUAUAAGCAUUCCGGGUGUUAGGGUGAAUAAUGAUCAAACAAAUAUGCAAAGAGAUUACUAUAGGGGUGUCAAAGCAGAGCUCCAAAGGCUUGUAGAAAGUGGACAAAAUAAUAAAACUAUUAAAUUCAUUAACAAUAAACCAACGACUGUGGAUAAAAAGGAUAAUCAAAAAAACUCCCACUAACACCUACUAUACUUAUAUAUAGCAAAAAAAAACAUACAUUUUUAGUAGAAUAUCA